AUGCGGCGGCGGCGACGCGGCGGCGGCGACGCGGCGGCGGCGACGCGGCGGCGGCGACGCGGCGGCGGCGACGCGGCGGCGGCGACGCGGCGGCGGCGACGCGGCGGCGGCGACGCGGCGGCGGCGACGCGGCGGCGGCGACGCGGCGGCGGCGACGCGGCGGCGGCGACGCGGCGGCGGCGACGCGGCGGCGGCGACGCGGCGGCGGCGACGCGGCGGCGGCGACGCGGCGGCGGCGACGCGGCGGCGGCGACGCGGCGGCGGCGACGCGGCGGCGGCGACGCGGCGGCGGCGACGCGGCGGCGGCGACGCGGCGGCGGCGACGCGGCGGCGGCGACGCGGCGGCGGCGACGCGGCGGCGGCGACGCGGCGGCGGCGACGCGGCGGCGGCGACGCGGCGGCGGCGACGCGGCGGCGGCGACGCGGCGGCGGCGACGCGGCGGCGGCGACGCGGCGGCGGCGACGCGGCGGCGGCGACGCGGCGGCGGCGACGCGGCGGCGGCGACGCGGCGGCGGCGACGCGGCGGCGGCGACGCGGCGGCGGCGACGCGGCGGCGGCGGCGACGCGGCGGCGGCGGCGACGCGGCGGCGGCGGCGACGCGGCGGCGGCGGCGACGCGGCGGCGGCGGCGACGCGGCGGCGGCGACGCGGCGGCGGCGACGCGGCGGCGGCGACGCGGCGGCGGCGACGCGGCGGCGGCGACGCGGCGGCGGCGACGCGGCGGCGGCGGUGACGCGGCGGCGGCGGUGA